AUGGCGUUCGGCGUCCUUGACGACCUCCAUUUGGCGUUGCCUCCUGGAAGCUCGAUUCUUAGCGAGUCCGAUAAUGUAACCACGGGAAGUCCCGACAUGGUGGGCUUGAAGAAAGUGGGAAACAUUGUCCUAAUCCCGCAGCCAUCGGAUAGCCCAAACGAUCCAUUGAAUUGGUACGUGCAGCCCUUGACUUGGGCGACCUCGGACUGCUUUGGUAGCAUGUCUGUGAUGCUCACACCGGCUAUUCCCAUAAUCUCGCGUGAGUUCUCCGUCAGCGUCGAUACUGCCUCGACAUGGACAAUUGGCUUGUUGGUUUUCUGGACUGGCUUCACCGCCUCUGUCACGGCAGCCGGUUCAAACGUUAUUGGAAAGCGACCUUUCAUUCUCGGCUCCAUUUUGAUUAUGGUCAUUACCAAUAUUUGGGGUGCCUUCGCGAGCUCCUUCACUUCGUUAGCAGCUCUACGAACCCUACAAGGAAUCGCUUCUGCACCAUACGAAACCAUGGUCACUGCACUCAUCUCCGACAUCUUCUUUCUCCACGAACGGGGCAUGUGGCUCGCCCUUUGGAGCCUAGUUAUAAGUGCUGGAAUUCUGAUUGGCCAGGUUAUCGCCGGCCUUAUCAUUGACAGUCUCAGCUACUCAGCGACCUUCGGUUUUAGUGCACUAGUGUUCGGCAUACUCUUAAUAUUGUCGUAUUUCCUCAUGUUCGAGACAACAUACUCGAAGCCACGGCCUACUGUUGGCCAUACACCAAUGCCCAUGGACACUGAGCAUGUUGAACGACCCGAACCGUAUGCGCGAAAACUACGCAUUUUCCGCUGUCGCGUCUCCAAGGCCAACUUUUUUCGCGACCUGAUCAGUCCGUUUCAGCUGAUGGCCUACCCAGCAGUGCUUUACGGUGCUACAAUUAAUGGCUUCUGCACCGCUCUCGUAAUCGGUACGGGUCUUUUAUCAACAGUCCUCCUGACACAGCCUCCGUACAAUCUCACACCCACGUCCUUGGGCAUCGUCAACAUCGCCCCGUUCCUCGUCGGCCUUUUUGCAGCGCCAGCUGCGGGCUGGAUGGCAGAUGCAGUGGCAAAGAACUUGGCACGGCGCAACGGCGGUGUUUUCGAGCCUGAGUUUCGCAUAUUGCUGAUGGUCAUCGGUGCUCCGAUAUUCAUUGCCUCAUUCAUUGGAUUUGGUGAAAGCGUUGCACGAGGCCACCCUCUACCUAUUGUGCUAGCAUGGUUGGGGGUACAGCAUGCCGGCUUCCCAUUCGUCAUUCAGGCAGCUCUUUCGUAUGUGCUUGACUGUCAUGCUCACGAAUCUAAUCUGGCAUUCGUGGUGAUUGCUUUUUUUAAGGCCAUUUUCUCCUUUAUUGCCACCUCGUUCCUGACUGGGUUCAUGAUCAAGGUUGGAGUGCGGCACUUUUUCUUCGGAGUGGCUGGCGUCACCACGGCAGUGCUGAUGCUAUCACUCCCGGUAUACGUGUACGGGAAGAGGUUCAGGAGUUUUGUGAGUAUAUGUUCCCUUACUACGAACUACGCUGGGCUAAUUUUCUUUGUAGAUGGCGCGGAGUGCAAUUGGUAG